UCGCGUCAAGUUCGUUCGCGUUUUGGCCGACGCAUCAAACCAACAUCGGAGGUGGAAGAUUAUUACCCACUGACAAUCCGAGAAGUGAAUAUCGAUAUCGACUGUAAAAUUAUUGCUGUUAUCACCGACUGCGAUCUGCAAUCACCAGUUUUUGAGAACCCGAAACGGUUGGUUUACUUACUGGAACAUUAG